GCUACUCAAAACCUUCAGGAUAAUCAUUAAGCAUUUCAAACUGACAGUCACUGAAGAGAGACAAUCACAGCUGCUUUGAUAAGCCAGAUAACAAAGGCUCAUCUGAAUCAGAAGACAGAAUGGACAGCAUUAACAACAACAAAUUUUUUUCAUUUCUCCAUGAGAAUGAUGAAGAUAUAGAUGCUGAUGACUGGGUACCUCCGAAUGCAGCUCUUAUCCGAAAAAUGGUCUCACAGAUUGAACAUUACCUCUCUGAUGAGAAUUUGGCUAAGGAUGCUUUCCUUUUAAAGCAUGUAAGAAGAAAUAAGAUGGGCUACGUCAAUAUCAAGCUGCUGACAUCUUUUAAAAAGAUGAAGCAUUUGACAAAAGACUGGCGGGUCACAGCCUACGCCCUACACCAUUCUUCAAAACUAGAGGUAAACAAGGAGGGAAAUAAGGUGCGUAGAAAGGAGCCUGUGCCCGAAUCUGUCCUUGCUCAGGUGCCAAGCAAGCUGCUGCUGGUAUGGAACAUCUCAAAUCCUGCCCAGUCUGAAGACAUGAAGACACCUCACAAGAGUACAAUAGAGGUGGCCAUCAUGAUUCUGGAACCGUUUGGCAGCAUCACCACAGUGCGGGUCAACCGACCAGGCAGGGAGCUUCCACCGGAAAUUCAGAAGUAUGGAGACAGGUACCCAGAGCUCCUCACAGAGGAGAGCGUACUAGUGGAGUUUGAGGAUUUAGAAGGUGCUGGCUGCGCUUACCACCAGCUGUCUCAGUCUGAAGACAGCUUGAGAGUGCUCCUAGUGGGGAGAGCGUCCAAGAAGAAAGUUAUGGAGACAGACAAAAGGAAUGGUAAGAGUAUCUCUGUCCUGAACCGGCGCAUGGAGCAGCUGCAGUCCCGUGGAGAAGACUCCUCAGCCUGCAGCUCCUCUGAAUCUGAAUUUGCCUCCUCCUCACCGCUGCACAUCCCUCGCUUUGCCUCUGGCCAGGUGUGCAACAGCCCCUGGAGCAGCCCACGGUCCAGUCCCAGAUCUGCCCAUGUGCCCCCGCCAGCCCCACGGGUGUCACCUCUCUUGGCCUCUGAGGUCUGGGGCAGUCCAGACACAAGUCCUGAACUGGGACGUCACAACUUCCGAGACUGUUCACCAGACUGUGGCUCCCCAUCCAGAAGCCCCUGGGUUCAGAAGCGCAAGGUUGCAGCCAUCCAAAGCCAACCUUUGGAGGGGACCUCCAAGCACAGCCAGAUGAAUGGAAAAAGGUUGCUAAAUGGAGACACGGUGCCACCUGGGAUCCUUCGCCUGCCUUACGGUCCAGAUGGGAGCAAAGGCUUUCAUGCCAUUAUCGCUAGAAGACGACUUCAGCAUUCUAUCAAAAUAUAAAUAUCAUUAGUUACAGAAGCUAGCUGUGGGUGAAGACCUACAGUCAUUCAGGUCACUGGAUAACUGGACUUUGUCUUGAAUAAGUUGCCUUGACUUAUUACUACUACGUAAUAGGGGUGAACUAUUCAUGUGCUCUACAUUAUUUUCAUUAGUGAACCGUGACUUUAGAGGUAGGCCUUCAGUUUGGGACAUAAUGUCAAAACCAUACCUCUGUGAUAAUCCUACAUUCCUCUAGCACCUCUAUGGGAUUCUAGUAGUAUGAGAUACGAAGCUAACACCAUUUCACAUGAACAUUUCUUGGUCGUUCUAGAUUAUUAUACAUUUGCAGCUUGUAAAAGAUCGUUUUAUUUGAAGCUUAUAAUAAACAUGUCAACAUAAUUUUUAUUUUGAAGCACUUUUACAGUUACUCCCUCGGUAAUUGCCCUAACAUAGAGCUGCUCCCAUAAUUUUCCUUUCUAACAACUGACUGAAUUGCAUUGCUACGGCUGCCAUGCUUACUUGCAAAUAGUCAGUGACAUAUCUAGGACUUCUACAAUGGAACUAUGGCUUCUGCAUCCAAACAGUGCACUGAAUGUUAGAUAGGGGGUCACACAGCUUAUGGAUGAAAAUAAAGGGCGUUUUAUUCAACAUAUACUGAACAAUUUGGGUGUAGAAGUCGCUAUUUCAUAAACACACAGCCAUUUGAGAUUCACCUUAGAUUUUCUUUUUUAACAAAAUAUUUGCUACUUAAACAAGCAUGACAAUUAAAUAAAAAACAAACUACAAAUUACAGGCACAGUUUCCCAGAGAAAGCAUUAGGCC